AUGCACCCAAGUGGCACGAAUCCUGCGCUUCGUACCUUCUACUAUCGCCUCCUACGACUGAUCGCCUUGUCCAUUCAUCCCGUCUUCGUUUUCGACGGCCCCAACAAGCCGCCCUUCAAGCGCAAUAAGCGCACGGGACCUAACGUUGCCUCCAUCCCCGAAUUUCUGGCGAAGCAGUUAUUGAAACAGUUUGGAUAUCCCAUACAUCUUGCGCCUGGCGAGGCCGAGGCAGAAUGCGCACUUCUCCAGCGCGAAGGCAUAGUCGAUGCUGUUUUGAGUGAGGACGUCGAUACGCUGAUGUUUGGGAGCGGCAUCACGAUCCGCAACUGGUCACCAGAGAAGGGGUCAUCAGGCAAGACUCCUACGCACGUCAACGUCUAUGAUGCUGUAGAGACGAAGAGUGGACCUUCAGGACUGGAUCGCGAUGGCAUGAUUCUGGUCGCGCUGAUGAGUGGAGGCGACUAUGUGCCAGAAGGCAUACCAGGGUGCGGCCCGAAGACGGCGUGCGAAGCAGCCAAGGCAGGAUUUGGUCGCGAUCUCUGCCGCAUACCGACUAGCGAUAAAAGAGCUAUGUCCGAGUGGCGAGAGAGACUACAGCACGAGCUGAAGACGAACGAGAGCAAACUCUUCAGACGAAAGCACGGCACCCUCAAGAUUCCCGACGACUUUCCCCGACUGGACAUCCUAGGAUACUACACGCACCCGGCGAUUUCGAAUCAGGUCGGGCUGGACAAGCUGCGACGCUCGAUCAACUGGGACCAAGAUCUCGAUUUUCCUGGACUGCGAGACUUCACUCAUGAUGCCUUUGACUGGGUCAAGCUGGAGGGUGCGAAGCAUUUCAUCCGCAGUCUUGCACCUUCUUUACUUGUUCGCCAGCUGCGCAUACGAUCCAAGGACCUGGAUCGACUAACUACGGACAACCUGAAAGCGAUACAAGAGGACGAAUCUCUGUUGGUCAAAGGGAUACAUGGGAAGCGACAACACCCGGUGACUGAUAAUUGCACAGAGUUGCGCGUGAGCUUCACACCUAUCGAACUUGUCACCAUCGACUUAGAUCAAGAAGAGCCAGAUGAUGAGCCAGAUCUGCCGCCUGCAGGCUCGCAAACGGGUGAAGUCGAUCUAGACGAUGAAGUAGCUGAUGAACUUGAAGACGAUGGCCCGAAGAAGCGUGGACCAACGAAGUUCGAGCCUAGCAAGCCUGCUAGGAUAUGGGUAUUGGAAUCGAUCGUCAAAGUCGGCGUACCCUUGACUGUUGAGGACUGGGAAGCUGGGAGGCAAACGAAGCAAAAGCCUCGACGACCUGCCAUGGCGCAGGAAACAGCGAGCACCGCGCCGAAACCCACCAAGGCACGGCGCACGAAGCCCGCAAAUAAUGUGCCUCAAGCCUCCAUCAACCAAUUCGCAAAGGUUACAAAGCCAGGGUCGAAGCUUUCCCGCACAUUUGCGAAGACUCUGGAUGACCUCUCUGAGACACGGCAGCCUACACCACAAAUCGAGGAUGUCAUAGAUUUAUUGUCCUCUCCACCUGUGGCUCGGAGGAGUGUUGCGCCGGCACCAAGACCAGCCUUUACGAAGUCGCCUUCCCCUGUCUUGCCAGACUUGCCCGCGAGCGUGACGAAGAGGAAGAAACGAAUGCCGAUGCAACGUUCACACACCCUUCCAGCGCAGCUUGGAGAGACAUUUGAACGACCCAAGACACCACCAUUGCUGAACACGGUGGAUUCAUUAGAUCUGCUCAGCUCGCCGGUUCUCCCCUCGCCAUCACAGCUACCCACAAAGAAGGCAAAGACUCGCACUAAGACGACACAAGCUGGGAGAGCGCCUCGUGCUAGUGCCUCCAGCUUCUCGAAGAACUGCUGCUACAUCCACGACUCGGCCACCAUUGACCUCGAUAUCUUCCAACUCAUCGUCACUGUCAUCAUGCUCGAUACCAGAGAGUCGGAAGAGCUCCAAAGAACAAAUACCUACUACACGCAGCAGGCGCACAUCACCUCGUUUGCGCAAGACAAAGUCAGCAUCUCCUGGGGUGGAAAGUCCGCAUGGAAAGCGCGCGAGAAGAAGAAGCGCCAGGUCAUAUUGCGCAAAAGUGUCGCCGGUGGAUGGAACUUUGCAGACGUCGAUAGUCCACAGAAAGUGGGUGGUGGUGGGGAUGCGGUGUUGAAGGGCAAGGAGCGGAAGAAGUGGAGGGAGAGCGAAGUUGAUUUUUUGGACCUGACUUAG